GAAACUUUAUUUUUAUUUUUUAAACAAUUACAAACUAACAAUAGAGGUAUAAAUCAUAUAAUUGUUCAAGAAUUGUGUCAUUGUCAUCGAAGCUAGUAUUAUUUUAUUAAUACAAUGUAAAUUAUAACUAUCUUUCGAAGAAUGGAAAAUAAGUCGGCAGUUUCCGAAGUUAAUAUUAUUAGUUUUUCAAAAAUUUCUGUAAAGUACAUGUCUGAGAGCCAGUAAAAAUAACGUAUGUAAUCAUAGAUUGUUUUUUUAAAAAAAUAAUCAUCUGUAACUCUACAUAUGUGUUAACAUUAAUUAAUACAAAUUUAAAUAUCUGAUGGAUUAAUUCGUCUUAAGUUAUGUUUUUUGGCGAGACGCUCUGUUUGAGGGCUCUUUCGGAUCUUUUUUAAUGUGGUGCUAGUUUGGAGCUGUUUUAGAGUUUCAAAGGGUAGUAUUUUGGCUAUAAUUUUAGAAUUUAAAUUUUCGUCUAACUUGUAGGAACUAUUUCGGUAGUAAUUUUGGUCAUUUCAGAUAUUUGGAGGCGAUUCGGUGCUGUUAUAAUUCAUUCUUUCUUAGUGUCGGCAUGUGUGCGCCAAUGCACACGUCUUUAGCGGAAGUUUAUUUAAUGACUUGAUGACCUAUAUUUACAACAUCUCUUCCGUGCGCAUUAUCAGUUGCAUUUUUUCUUUUUUAUUAAAAGUAAAUACCAGAAACACAUGAAUAUUUACUUAUGAAGGCAUUUACUUAUAAUUAAAUAUGAGCGUUUUAUAUUGUUAAACUUCCUAUAACUUUGAACCAAAUAUUUCGUAGAUUUCCAAAAAAAUAUUCCAUAACUUAACUGCUCAUUACAUUUAUGCGAAAACCGAUACCUUAUGAAUAUUGAACAUUUAUAUUAAUUUAAGGUAAAUAGCCUCAAUUUAGGCGAAAAAAUUGUUUUUCAAACAUGACCAUUCUUAUCUUAGGAAGGUACUGAUACCCAUGUAUUUAUACCGUAGAAAAUAUCAGUUUCCUCUAGAUUGUUAUUAAUAUCUCUCACAAACCGCUGGGGAAAGUACAUAAUCCAUAAAGUAGUUUGGUUAAUUCAUCUGACAAAAGACAACCCAAAAAAAUGAAAUCAUUGACAUUUCUGCUUUUCCUCUGCUCUUCUGGCUCAUAUGCAUUUAUAUGCUACGAUAAAGAAUGCACAGCGACAGAAUAUAAUUCUUACGUUUCAUGCGUGCGUAGAUCAAAACGCCACAUUUCCUGUGCCGAAGAAGACAACUGCGAAAGUUGUAUAUGCACAUCGCUACAUUGCUGCCAUCGAACGUGUCACGCUAACUGCGAAAGUUCAUCCUGUAGAAACGGAUGUCGCAAAAAUUGCCAAACCGAUGUGUCAGAAAAAGGAAGCCAUUCGUUUACAAAUAAAAACGCCAACAUGCCCUCUUUCAAACACAACAUAACGACAGUCAUACAUUUACACAACAUAAUAAACAAUACUAAUGUAAUCGACGUCCCUAUACACAUUAACAAUACAAAUCUAAAUAACAUAACUCUUCCGGAAGGAAAUGGAGGGUCAGGUAAUGGGUGCUGCUACAUAUCCAAUCCUCAAAACUGUAUUCCUAAUCAAACUACACCACCGUAUUCGCAAUGUCAGGACAAUCGCGAAUAUCACUGUGGGCCGAAAUGUUACAAUGAAAGAAAAUCUACCCCUGGAAUAUAUACUCAAUCAUCUUUCGGUUUCUAUGCACCUCCAAUUUCGUAUCCACAAUAUUAUAACUCCUUUAAUCCUUUCGUAGUACCUGGACUUUUUGGAUUUCCAGGAAUUUGUCAGUCCGGAUUCCUUCCAAUGAUGCCUUUUGUUCCCCCUAUUUCUUCCAAACAUUCCUCAUACCCACCCUUAUAUCCAUCAGCUUCUGCAUUUCAACCAGUUAUGCUUCCUCCAGGCUUUACACCCCAUUCCUCCUUUGGAAAUGCUGCAAAUAUUGUUUAUCCUCCCCUAUCAGGCUCCCCUGAAACAUCCUCCACACCAAAAAGUGCCCCUUCAUAUCCAUCUAAUUAGGUUAUUGUGUUUUUUUAUAAAGCAGUAUUAUGAAAUGUUUGCCCUUAAUCUAAGGUUGUUUUUAAUUUUUUUAAUACUUAAAUAAGAUCAUG